AUGGAUGUAAGGGAGUAUGUCUACGGCACCUUUGAUGGGGGCGUUCCAUUGCACACCGAUGUUUAUUAUAAGCCUGCUGCGAACGACUCUGUAAGGGAGGCUAGACCUAUCGCAAUUCUUAUCUACGGUGGUGCCUUUGUGGCUGGAACAAAAGCAGCUGUAUCCAAAGCCCGCCUUCACUCUCUUAUUGAUGAGUUCGGCUUUACAGUUGCUGUACCAGACUAUCGUCAUUGUCCAAGUGUAUCUGUCUACGAUGGACCCGUGACGGAUAUUCAUACCGCCUACAAAUGGGUCUGUAACGAGCUUCCUCAGCUCUUACUCAAAGACGUUGGUGCAAAAGUUGAUGGCAGUCGAGUUGCAGUCAUCGGCUCAUCUGCUGGAGGUAACUUGGCUCUGCAACUGGUAUCUGCUACACCACCUCCAAAGGUUAUUGUCUCUUACUUCCCCGCCAUUUACUUAAAGGAUCCCUUCUGGCACACGCCGAUGGAAGCUAUGGCUCAAAUCCCGCGCUUCCCAGAGGCCUUUCUUAACAAGGUGUAUGACGAGGGCGUUAUCACCUCUGCUCCUCCAUCGUUUAAGAAAGACCCUGGUAGUCCGAAACGGAUACCAGACUUCUCCAAGCCCAGAACUGCUUGGCUUUUGAGCAAUUUGCGAGACGGAACCAUGUUUCGGAAUAUAGUCAAGGAUGGCGACUAUGAUCGCGUUGACCCUGUUCAAUUCUUCUCAAGCAAUUUUCCCCCGACCUGUUUUAUCCAUGGCACCGAGGACAAAAUGGCUCUUCCAAGAUUCUCAACAGAGGCAUGCAGGACCCUGCAGUCUCUCGGUGUAGACGCCAAGUUAAUCGUUGCGGAAGGAUAUGGGCAUGAUUUUGAAACUUCUAUGGCGGCAGAUCAUCCCGAUUUCUCAAUUGUCCGCGAGUCACACCGCUUUGCGGCAGAGAGAGUCUAG